AUGCGGGAAUGGUGCGAUGAAGCCCGGCUUCCGGCCGGGCAGGAUCCCGAUGUCGUUGGCUUGGGGACCCUGAUCGCUUGUGCCGGGUCCGCAUGUAUCGCGGUCGUAUGUUUAUUGAUACAAUACCUAUUUUUCUAUCUGCGCAAGAGCGAGGACGCACAGCACUCGCAUGGUGCAAACCCGAUCGAUAUCUUGGUUUUAGGCGGGCUCCGGAAGCCUCUGAAGUAUUUAGGUGUCAAAUUCGAUCGAUUAGAAACAACUCAGAAAGAUGAACGGAGGUGGCCUGCGGCUUUUGAUAAAUAUGUCAAGGCCGUGGGCGAUGUCCAGCUUGCGAUUGGAUUCGCAGUGCUUGUAUACGGUUACAUUACCCUAGCAGAGCACGGCUUGUCCAUGUAUCAAUGGUGGCUUAUUGUGGGAUUAGUCUGGUAUUCGGUCAUAGCGAAUCUAGCAACCACUUCAUAUUUGCGCACCUAUUUCCUAAAAAGGGACCCCGGCGAGCGAUGGCUACGGAUGAUUUUUCUUGUCUGUCUCAUUGUAGCGCUCAGCUUUUCAAUGGUGCCGAUUUACCAACUUAAGGAAAGGCUUAUUAAUGAGCACGACGAAGACACGCAGCGUCGCAUACUUUUAGCAACGAACGUGCUUUGUUACGUCCCUGGAUUUGGCGCGAAGGUCGACACGCCCCAAUUUCGGUCUGCUGUUGCGCUCAUAGGCAUCUUCGUCGUUCUUGGUCUUCUCAUUAUUGGAUUACUGAAGCUCUACGAGAGACCCAGCAGCAUUAUUUUCAAGUGGCGCGAUCACUACCGAGGUGAAAUGCAGCACUCAUUCUUCGGGGAUGGGGACCACAUCAUAACCUGCAUUCGCUGCGAGCAGCGUCAUAUGUUAUUGAUAGUCCGGCCAGUCUUGGCAUUCUGGCUUAUUCUACGGAUAUAUGCCGACUUCCUGAAUUCCGUCUUGACCGAAAUUCUCUUCACCGCAGCUAUGUUCACGUGGGUCACUAUCCGCUUUAUCGACAUACUACGCUUAGGUGGGAGGUUUGAGGCCUAUCUACAGCACUGGAAUUUUGGCCAGAUUGUUGCGCUUGCUUUCUUUUUAGCACCUCUCGGGUCGCUAUUAAGCUGCUUGUUGGGGUCGCUUAAGGGGUUGGAAUUCAAAAUCCCGUUUUCUAGGCGUUCUACAUUCCGAACCGUGACAUGGCUGCCAAGCUUCACCAAGAGAUCACAGCCUGAGGAACUUCCAGACAACGAUGUUGAACCGCAUAGCAAUCAGUCUAGAUCACCCCAUGACGAAGGAAUCAGCGAGUUAGAUGGACAGGAGCAGCCGACUGUGAUUAAAUCAACGCAAGAGAGACGCGAAGGAAAUGGCAAUUUGCAAAAUGGUGGAAUCAACCCGGUUAGGAGAACGCCUGGUGUGGGUGUGGGUGUGGAUCAUUACAAGGUGCUUUUGUCGCCUCGGUUCGUGAUCGCGCUGCCGCUUGUGGGCUUCUCGAACCUGCUAUACCUCGUCCUCCUAUUAGUUCUGCCCAGGGUACCAGAAUACCCGUCAACUUCGGAGGUACUCUGGCGAACUAUUUUCUGGUAUGUUGUCUACCAGCCUUUGCUUUUAUUCGCUUUCUUCCUUGCUGGAAUGAUUGUGGAAGAAAGGGUUACUCGGGAGGAGCGAAUGAGGUAUGCCUAUCAGAUCAUUGCCGCCAUCGCAGCUGUACUAUCUACAGCUGCUAUUUUUGACACCCUAUAUGGCCUCGGUGGUAUUCCGAUGUCGUAUAUCGGCAUGGGAACGCUCGGUCUAAUUCUGCUCGUCUACCUCCUUUACGGCUGCGUCGCCCGUCCUGGCCCCUUGGCAAAAGGCAAAGCACGCAGCCGAUUCAUAAGAGACGGGGACGUCGAAGAAGCGCGACCGCUCCUCUCGGAAACUAGACGGAGAGUUCUGUCGGAGGUUCGCAUUUUCCCGGUUCGUAGGCAGAAGCUGUGGCACGGACCUUCGAGGAGGCCGUCGGCAGCAAGGGCCAGGAGAAGUUAUGGUACAAUUGAAUAA